AUGGGUUUGCAUUCAUCCCAGAAGAAGCAUUUCCCCCUGCGGGGGAUCGACGGGGUCGUUCAGCUCUUCGACGCCGAGCUUCGCAAGGCCGAGCCGGACCUGGCGCUCCUCUCCCUGGUCCUGGGUUUCGUGGAGCACUUCCUGGCCGUCAACCGCGUGGUCCCCGUCAACGUUCCCGGCGUGCGCUUCGAGCCGCUGGAGCCCGACUGUCCCAACUCCUGUUUCCCCACCGUAGAGUUGGGCACCAUCUCGGCCUUGUACGAGCGCUUCACGGCGCAGAUCCGCGGGGCCGUGGACCUGUCCCAGUACAGGCGGACGCCGGCGGGCUCCGGUCGAGAGUUGGUCAAGAAAGUGUCGGACGUUAUCUGGAACAGCCUCAGUCGCUCUUACUUUAAAGACCGCGCUCACAUCCAGUCUCUUUUCAGCCUCAUCACCGGAACCAAAUUGGACAGCUCGGGCGUGGCCUUCGCGGUGGUGGCGGCCUGCCAGGUCCUGGCCCUGAAGGACGUGCACCUGGCGUUGUCCGAAGACCACGCCUGGGUCAUCUUUGGCAAAAACGGCGACGAGACGGCCGAGGUCACCUGGCACGGCAAGGGGAACGAAGACCGGCGGGGGCAGACGGUCGCGGCGGGAGUCAACGAAAAGAGUUGGCUCUACCUCAAAGGCUCUUACAUGAAAUGCGACCGCAACAUGGAGGUGGCCUUCAUGGUGUGCGCCAUCAACCCUUCACUCGACCUGCACACCGACAGCUCGGAGCUACUGCGGCUUCAGCAGAAACUGCUGUGGUUGCUCUAUGAACGAGGUGACCUGGACAGGUAUCCCAUGGCCACGGGGACUCUGGCCGAUCUGGAAGACCAAGAUCCUAUUCCGGGCAAAGAAAGCCCGCUGGAAAUCCACCUCAAGGCUGUCCGUUCGGCCCAGAAACAUUACAACAACGAGCACAUCUACCCCUACAUGUACUUGGCGGGCUUCCACUACCGGCACCGGAACGUGCGGGACGCGCUGAGGGCGUGGGCCGACGCCGCCCAGGUCAUGCAGGACUAUAACUACUUCCGCGAGGACGAGGAGAUCUACAAAGAGUUCUUUGACAUUGCCAACGACGUCAUUCCGACUCUGCUCAAGGAGACCGCCGUGGCCGCCGAGAGUCCCGCCGAAGGCGGCGAGACCGGAGAAGCGCAGCAGCAGCAGCAGCAGGAGGCGGCUCUCUCUGCGCUGCAGGACCCGGAAUGCUUUGCCCACCUGCUGCGUUUCUACGACGGCAUCUGCAAGUGGGAGGAGGGCAGCCCCACGCCGGUGCUGCACGUGGGCUGGGCCACCUACUUGGUCCAGUCGCUGAGUCGCUUCGAGGCUCAGGUACGACAGAAAGUGUCCAUCGUCACCAAAGAGCCCGAGUGUCAGGACGACGACGACGCGUCCAGCGAGGAUCCGCGGGAAGGCCGCAGACGAGUUCCCCGCAGGGAGUCCAAACCGGAGGAGCGGAACUCGCCUUCCCCCGGCGCCCCCGCCUCGCCGACCCGGCUCAAGAAGGCCGGCGAGGGAGGCGCCCGCCGCCGCUCCGAGGGCAAGCCCGAGUCCCCCGAAGCCGGCGCCCGCUCCCCCUCGCGGACGCCGGCCGCCCCCGUCGUGGUCUUCCAGAGCGAGAAGAUGAAAGGCAUGAAGGAGCUUCUGCGCGCCGCCAAGGUCAAUUCCAGCGCCAUCAAGCUUCAGCUCACCGCUCAGUCUCAGGUCCAGAUGAAGCGUCAGAAGAGCACGCCGCCCGGCGACUACUCCGUGUCCUUCAUGAAGAGGCAGCGCAAAUCUCUUUAG